ACGGCACUUUCAUGCCUUCAAAUCAGUCCAAGACGCUUGGAAACGAUGAUCAAGCUUUCUGGGGAAUGGCCGCUUUGUCCGCAGCAGAGAACAAGCUUCCUGAUCUCCCAGGCGACCAGCCCUCUUGGCUGUCUCUAGCACAGGCCGUCUUCAACACCCAGUAUAGGCGCUGGGAUACGUCUACCUGUGGUGGAGGUCUGCGAUGGCAAAUCUACACCUUCAAUAACGGUUACAACUACAAGAACUCGAUUUCUAACGGCUGCUUCUUCAACAUUGCUUCAAGACUCUACAAAUACAUUGGCAACGACACAUAUGCCUAUUGGGCUGAGAAGGCCUGGGAUUGGGAGCAUGCCAUUGGACUCAUGAGUGAUGAUUACCAUUUCUACGAUGGAACCGACGACACUCAGAACUGUACUUCCAUCAACCAUAUCCAGUGGACCUACAAUGCCGGAAUUCACAUGGCCGGUGCUGCCGCCAUGUGGAACGCGACUCAAAACGACACAUGGCGUGGCCGUGUUCAGGGUGUAAUGGAUGGAAUUAACGUCUUCUUCAAUAAUAGCGUCAUGACCGAGGUUGCAUGUGAGAACAACGGCAAGUGUGACGUCGACCAGCGUUCCUUCAAAGCCUAUCUCUCUCGCUUCAUCGCAUACACGGCUGCCGUCGCGCCUUGGACUCGUGACCAACUCAAUCCUCUCAUCCAAGCCUCUGCCCAAGCUGCUGCCAAGCAGUGCACCGGAGGUCCUAACCAGACAUCAUGUGGUCUUCGAUGGACCGACGGAGGAGUCAACGACGGUAGUUUCGGUGUUGGCGAGCAAAUGUCCGCCAUGGAGAUUAUUCAGUCAUUGCUGUAUACUACUAAGCCCGGACCUGUGACCUUGGACAAGGGCGGUAUCUCCAAGAGCAACCCCAACGCUGGUGACACUUCGACCGAUACGCCUAUUACAUUCAACUCCAUCACUACUGGUGAUAGGGCGGGCGCUAGCAUUUUGACCAUUUUGGUCCUGGUUUCCAUUCUCGUUGGCGCUUGGUGGAUGGUAUCAUAGAUUUGCAUACAUAUCCCACUUGUAUAUCAGUUGUUUGGGCUGUGCAUCAUCAUGCUACAGUACGUUUUUUCUCGGAAACUGUACAUUGUUUGGGUAAUCUUCACUGUGCUUUUCUUCAAAUAUGUAUUCGGAUGUUUUGAUCAGCGACCCGGGUUACUCACUAGUAUAAUAAACACAAAUCGUUCAAAG